GCGUCACAAUGCGGGUUCGCACCCGGUCGCGGUGCAGCAUCGCCGCGCCGUCGGCAAUCGUCGGCGACGACUGGAGGCCGGCGUCGGUGCCGAUCCGCGACAAGCUGCUCUACCUGUACGAGAACCGCAUGCUGGUGGACGUGACCUUCCACCUGUACGAACCGGUAGCCUGGCAGCCGACAUUAUCGGAAAGUGCGAUCGGCCCUCCUGCCAACCCUUCCAGCGAUAACGACAACAACAACGGCAACGGCAACAGCAACGGCAACAACAACGGCAACGACACCGGCCGCCGCCUUUCCUCCGUCUCUUCACUCAGCGACUCCGAGCCCUCCGAGCCCUCCGAGUCGGAAUCUGAGCCGGAGUCGGUGGGGCCCGACCUGGUGGUGCAGGCACACCGGCUGGUCCUCGCGAUGGCUAGCCCGGUCUUUCAGAAGACGCUAUACACCGGAGACUUCAGCGGUCAGCCCGUGAUCAUCCGCAAGUGGAACCCCGGCACGUUCAAGCUCAUGAUCGAGUUCAUCUACACCGGCGAGUGCAUCAUCGCAUCGGUGGAACGGGCCCGCGACAUCUUCCACAUCGCGCAGGCGUUCCAGUGCAGCGAGCUGGUGCGCUACAUCUCCCAGUUCGUCACCAGCGCCGUGGAAAGCUACCGCUUCACGCCGCUCACCUGCGCCAACCUCUUCUUCUUCCUCGACUUCUGUCGCGAGGUGCAGAACCAGCCGCUGACGCAGCUCUGCUGGAGCUAUGUGGACCAGUACGCGGCGCGCAUCAUCACCACCGCCGACUUCAGCAGCCUCUCCAAGGACAUGGUGGCUACCAUCUUGGACCGGGAGACGUUCGACGCCGGCGACGAGCUGGUGGUGUUCCUGGCGGUGAAGCGGUGGGGAGAGCACCAGCUGCGGCCGGCGCGUGGCGAUCCGUCAGUACUGCGCCACACCGUCGCCGACCUGCUGCCCUUCGUCAAAAUGGAUCGCAUCGACGAGAGCGACUUCAUCAAGACGGUGCUGCCCUCCGGCCUGGUGGGGCCGCAGGAGCUGGUCAGCUUCUUCAUGACGCGCGGCAUCGAGAUUCCGCGCAACAUCGACCUGCACGACAACCAGUCGGCGUGCCGCACGCUCAUGGAGCCGGGCCGGCGGCGCGUGCUGCCCUACGGCCGUUGCCUGCGCUACCGAGCCGGGUACAAGCUUUGUCGCGACGACAUGGACAGCGUGCACGAGCUGCGCUUCCGUGCCGACGCCGACCUGCAGCUGGUGGGCGUGCAUCUGGGCUACAUCUUCAGUCAGCUGGAGUUGGGGCUGACCGUGCGCGUGCAAGGCCCGUUCGAGCGCGUACAGUGGACGGACAUGUUCUCGCAGUACCACCGCGUCAGCGGCGACGGCGUGGGCGCGCAGCCGGCCGACAUGCGCGUGCUGUUUCACCAGCCGGUGGCGAUCGAGGGCGGCUGCUGCUACAAGGUGGCCGUCACGGUAGACCGCUGGAAGUACACGGCCGGCGACUUCAACAUCUGGGGCGGCCAGAGCGGGCCGAGCCGCGCGCGCAGCGACGACGGCCUGCUGCGCUUCUACUUCCUGUCGGCGGCCAUCGAGAAGGGCCGCGACAUCUGCUUCGCGGACAUGGAGCAGUGCCACGGGCUGGUCACCGAGCUGCUUUACACCACGCCCUGAGCUGCCGCGGCCAGGCCGACGACGGGGGCGAGACUGACCGCGCCGUGUUAUGUCAGGAGACGUUGCAAGUCAACUGCAUCAUGCUCCAAGCCAUCUCACGUUUACGCCCGCGCUUGCAACGGCAGGCGACACAACACACCGAACUGAGACUGUGCACGGUGCAGCGCGCGCUCUGAAGACUGCGUGACGCGACACAACCACAUCUUCCGUGAGAUUUCCGCGGCGGCGUGCUGAAUGCUCCGCUGAAUGCUUUGGUGUCGGACAAACGUCCCGCGAGGCACGGCGCAUGUGCCCUAUCCUCCACACGCGACACAACCCACCGGCUGAGACACCUGUUCCGGGGUCAUUUAUACGCAUCCUGGCUUUCAGUGCUCUGAGGACGGAGCAGCUCACGCGAUACAACCCCGAGGAAAUCGACCGAAGACCUUCGUGCCCCAAGAAACUUUAACCUUAUGUUAACACAAGGUUCUAUGCGACACAACACGCGGCUAAAUGGCUUGGGUAACGUAACGCAUGUGCUCUGUGCGACAUGAUGCGCCAAACAAAUAUUCACUCAACCAGCCCACUGUGCGAGUGGGUGAUGCGUCACAACAUGGUGCUGAAUGUCCUCACAUUGCACUGCUGAAUGUUUCUGCAUCACAGCACAGUGUUGAAUGUUCUUAUACCACAACACAAUGCCGGAUGUUCUUGCAUCACAACACGGUGCUGAAGGUUCUUGCAUCACAUCGCAGUGCUAAAUGUUCUUAUACCACAACACAAUGCCGAAUGUUCUUGCAUCACAACACGGUGCUGAAUGUUCUUGCAUCACAACAGAGUGCUGAAUGAUGUUGUAUCACUACACGGUGCUGAGCGUUCUUGCAUCACAAUACAGUGCCGAAUGUUCUGGCAUCACAACGCGGUGUUGAAUGUUCUUGCAUCACAAUACAGUGCUGAAUGUUCUUGCGUCACAACACAGUGUUGAAUGUUCUUGCAUCACAACACAGUGCUGAAUGUUCUUGCAUCACAACACAUUGCUGAAUGUUCUUGCAUCGUAGCACACCUGUCAAAUCACACCGUCCAAAUGCUUGCGUGACCCAACACGCGACAAACAGCCCUGCGGGACACAAGCACGGCCAAGUUCUUUGUGACACAGCUUAUCAGCAGAUAACUCUGGAGGGCACGAACACACCUGUUGUAGACUGUACGGCGUGCUCGGCGUGCGCGGCGUGCAUGGAGGACACAAACAUACCUGUUGAGGACUUACGGCGCACGCGUGCACAUAGCCGCGGCCACGUCCGUUUUAUGGGCGUGGCCGUGGCACUGUGACAACACGUCAACUCAGAGCCCCAUGUCUCUCAAUGUGUGUCGCUGUCAGUCUGCCGCAGUGUCGGCCUCUCGGUCUAGGAGACACCGCCAGUCUCGGCUCUGUCUCUCUGUUGUCUCAGCAUCUGUCUCCCGGUCUGGGAGACACUGCCAGUCUCGGCUCUGUCUCUCUGUUGUCUCAGCAUCUGUCUCCCGGUCUGGGAGACACCGCCAGUCUCGGCUCUGUCUCUCUGUUGUCUCAGCAUCUGUCUCCUGGUCUGGGAGACACCGCCAGUCUCGGCUCUGUCUCUCCGUUAUCUCAGCAUCUGUCUCUCUGUCUGGGAAACACCGUCAGUCUCGGCUCUGUCUCUCUGAUAUCUCAGCAUCUGUCUCUCUGUCUGGGAAACACCGUCAGUCUCGGCUCUGUCUCUCUGAUAUCUCAGCAUCUGUCUCUCUGUCUGGGAAACACCGUCAGUCUCGGCUCUGUCUCUCUGAUAUCUCAGCAUCUGUCUCUCGGUGUGGGAGACACCGUCAGUCUCGGCUCUGUCUCUCUGAUAUCUCAGCAUCUGUCUCUCGGUGUGGGAGACACCGCCAGUCUCGGCUCCGUCUCUCUGUUGUCUCAGCAUCUGUCUCUCGGUGUGGGAGACACCGCCAGUCUCGGCUCCGUCUCUCCGUUAUCUCAGCAUCUGUCUCUCGGUGUGGGAGACACCGUCAGUCUCGACGCGUCAGGGGCUCGAGAUGCGGCCUGAUCGAACUCGUUUGCGCGGCGGUGUGUGCCGCGGUGCUUGCUGUGACGUUCGUCCGACCUGCAUGGCCGUGUAAUCUCGCAACAGACUGGGCCUCCCGCCGCCUGGCCGGCUUCGGACAAAGCCCGCCUGAAUAGAGGAAUGUGCAUCGGCUUCCCGCAAGUGAUAAUUGUGUGUUUGUGCUGUUUUAUUGCUGUUGGAAUAAUGCCACUGAAUACCGGGUUUGUCAGAAUAUAUCAAGAAUGUAA